AUGACUGACGUAGGGAUUCCAGCAGCCUACCGCUCUCCGCCGAAUCGCUCGUCGUCUCCGGCACCCAAGCAAUCCGUGAACUCGCUACACGAGCGGGCAGCCAUGACUUCCUCGUUGUCGCCCGAUCAGUACGGGAAGCAGCCGUCGCAGGGACAGUAUGGUGGUGGUAGCGGCGGCGGCGGCUCCGGUUCCGACCAGGAGAGGGGUCCUUUGAGCUCUUUGAAUCUCGGCUUUCUCAAGUCCUUGACGGAAAAGAGGACAACAAGAGACGGCCAACCCCCCAAGAGGAGAGGACCGAAGCCUGACAGUAAGCCUGCUUUGACCCGGCGGCAGGAACUGAACCGCCAGGCACAACGCACGCAUCGUGAAAGAAAAGAACUCUACAUCAAGGCACUGGAAGACGAGGUGCUGAGACUGAAGGAGAUCUUCAGCAAUAUAUCGCAAGACAAGGACAAGAUAGCCGAGGAGAACCGGCAACUGAAGCAGCUUCUGGUCCAAAACGGCAUCCCGCUCUCUCACUACGGCGACGACAUGGUCAGCAACCCCAGUGUGGGUUACACGUCGAGCGCCAGUCAGUCUGGCCACAGCUACGGCCAAAACGCCUAUACGCCGCCCUUGACGUCCACGACGGCGCCCUCGGUGUCGCCUUCGUCUCACGGUCCGUCUCACCCCCACUCACACGGUCAACCCCCUCCCCUUCCCCAGAUGGGCAGCCAGCAGCUGCAAAACAGGCAGCAUGGGCAGAGUUCUGGCAGAGGUGUGGACUUUGAGCAAGCGGGCAUUGACUUCGUCUUAACUCUCGAGAAACCCUGCAUGAAUCACAUGCCCUGGCUAUUGGAGAGAUCAAGCGAGAUGGGCGGCGAGCCCUGCGGCCACGCGCUGAUGGCCUCGUGCCCGCCCGCCCCCUUCCCGGAGCUGACGCCCGAUAUCCCCUUCGGAUACAGCAACGUCAAUGGGGACUUGGACUCCCAGCAGAGGACGUGGGAAGUCAGCAAGGGAAGCCUCUCGGCUCUGCUUGAUCUUAGCAAGAAGCUGAACCUCGACGGGGAGGUCACGCCCGUUAUGGCAUGGGGCAUGGUCCUGGGUCAUCCCAGAGCCCACGAGCUGCGGGCCGAGGACUUCCAGAAGCUCACUGACGAGCUCAAGGACAAGGUCCGAUGCUACGGCUUUGGCGCCGUCAUGGAGGAGUUCGAGGUCAGGGAUGCCUUGGAGAACGUCUUCUGCUCCGGACCCGAAAUGAUGUCCUACACCUACUAA